AUGAACUCGUCACGCUAUGCCGACGACGAUGAUGACGAACGAGCCGAACGGUAUGGCGGGGAAGAACUGCACAGCGAGGCGGGUAGUCGGACCGAUCGGGGUAGUCGAGCCGGCCACGAGCGCGAAGGGGACCAGCCGGACGAUGAUGAGGACGAUGAAGCCGGUUUCGAUCCGGGACUGUCCGCUAGAUCAAGGUCAGUGACUCGUGCGUGUGAUCGGUGUCGGAGAACGAGUGAAGCUGAUCUUUGGAUACGGCCGAUAUGAUCCUCAGGAAAUACCUCGCGUUGAAACCGCCGAUCGCCUCGCUGUGUACGGCCUUGGGUGGUGUCGAGGAGUUCAAGGAUGACGAUGGCGAGAUCUUUUCGGCUUAUUCUUUGGGUGAUCAAGUCGUCGGUACGUUGUCACCCCAACUCUGCGGGAUUAAACCGCGGUACGAGUCAGCGUGGCUCGACGCGUUUCGAAAGGAAAGCCCCUCACUUUGUCACCCCAUUCCGAAAGAGCUGAUCGUCCUCGAAACACCUUGUCGGCGCGCGUACAGGCUGCUUGAAAGAUUUGAAACGAUUCUGGCGGAUGGACGAAAAGGACGACGAUCGAACGGUCGCGAGGAUCUUUUACGACGUCGGAUUGCUCAAGAACGAUUUGGUCCCCAUCCUACUCGCGACCUUGGAGUCGGGCGCCAAAGGGGAACGAAUAGGUUUGGCUUGUAGUAUGUUGCAACUUGUCCCGCCGGAUUCGGGUGGAUCAUGAGGCUUACCGAACGUUCUUCUUUCACUGCAGUCGAGUUGAUCGGAGCCAUGACCUGGCCGAUCGACGUCGUUGCCGAAUUACAAGAGGCGAAAACUCACGACGAGCUCAAAAAGUCGCAGGACUAUACCUCCUUGAUCGACGCGCAGUUGACGUAUAAAUCCAUCAUUCUGAGAAAUGAUGUGCUCAGGGUCAUGCUCCGACUCAUGACACCUAGUUUGUCAAAAACCCAUCGGUGAGUGAGCGGAACAAGUUUUCUCCUGAACUUUAACGAGGCCAAACUCAUUGGCGUCUUCGCCCCCUACAGCAACCGUACUGCCAAAGACGAGAGCGUCAUCUCCCUCAUCCUCUACACCUUCCGCAACCUCGUCGCAAUGGUCGACCGUCCACCACGCUCUGAAUCGUCCGAAGCGAUCGAACGAGCCCAACUGCAAUCCUCCCUCAUCGUUCAAAUGUACGAAGAAGGCAUCUUCGAUCUCUUGGUCGCGAUCGCGCAUAGUUCGACCUCGUCGGAAUACGCGCCUUGGAAUAUGGUCGUGUUGGAUAUUCUGCAUUUGGCGUUUAGGUGUGCGAGACCUAAUGAGUUGAUGAUUGCUUCAGAUAAGGUGAGUUCAUGGAGGUGAGCUGAAAACGAAGAGGGAUUUUGAUAACUAACAGAUGCUGCUCGUAGAUCACGGAGAAUCGCUUGAAGGAUCUGUUGGACUUUGAAGGCAGGGAGAAGAAAGCCGCGGCGAGGUUGGGCAACACGAGGCAUUCGAGAUUCGGUACUACCGUCGCGCUCAAAUCGGCAAGUUCUCGCCAAAGGGUUAGGGGGCAUAUCGAGUGGACGCUGACGAAUGCUUGGUUCGGUUUUCAAAAUACAGGACGGGCAUCAGUACAUCAUGCACAAGCAGUCGUCGUUGUCGAGGGGUGCUGAACAAACGUUGGAUCAAAUCAAGAAGAGCAAAGCGAAAAAAUACCGAGCUGAUGUGGGUUAGAGCGCAACACAACACUCGGGUUUCCCGUUCGCGGACUCUGACUAGUCGAGCCUAUGUCAUAGGACGAUCUUGCCCCUCCAUCAAGUCUCCAACCCCCAGCCAUCAAAGUCCUCCGACGCGUCGCCCUCGCCUUCAUCGAUUCAGCAUUCAACCCCUUCUUUUCCUCCGUGCUCAAAGACAUCCGCAUGGAACGCAUGAAGGUCAAAGAAUCCGAUACCAUCCGAUUCCUCUUCUUAUCCCGCUUCUUCCUCGAAUUCUUCCUCCUCGUGCACGCCGACGAACAAGCUCGUGGGAUCGAUCCGAGUAGUGAAGAAGGGCAUGAUUUCGGUUUGAUUGCUGAGAUGACGGAGACGCAGAGUAUCGCAUUCGUAACCCAGAGGAUGAAGGUCGCUUUGGAGGAGAAACCACCGCUUUGGAUGGAUUUACAUGCGGGAAUUGAAUGUUUUACCCAAAUAGUUCGUCAGGAUUGAAAGCGGAUGUCAGGGGGUUACCAUAUGUUAUUCUGGUUCUCGUAGCUGACUCUUUGCGACACUUGACCUCGUACAGCUCCUCGUAAUUGAAGCUCUAGCCGCCUCCGGUAUCCCAGACCACAUCGACGUCGCCGAAAUCCUGCAAAACAAAAUCUACUACGAGGCCGAAACGCUCGACAUGGUCGUUACCGUCGUGACGAAAUACAACACGCAAUCGCACAAAUAUUUGGAUUCGGUCAUCAAUUUGGCGUAUGUGUUGUUGAGGAUGUUGGAGAGGUAUGCCAAGAGUAAGGCGUAUAUGUAUGUGAGGAAGAAGAAGGCGAGACAGAGUCGGAGGAAGAAAGGUACGUUCAGGCAGGUGGUUUCGGGUGAGGACGAAUGCUCAUUGUUGGGGUUCUGAGAGCGCACAGGCAAGAAGAAGGAUGGGGAUGAUGAAGAGGAUGAGUUCGGCCUCGGUGGGAACGAGGAAGAGGACGAGGUCGAUCGGUCGGUCGUCUCGUUUAGCGAACACGCAUUUGAAUUUGCAAAGUUCGAGGAGGCAAGAACACCCAAUCCGCGGAUCCGAUCCCCAAGACCAUUUUGCUGAUUAGAGAUGUCUCGGGCUUCUCCUUUAGAAAUUCGCCGAUGAGGGUGUUCUCCAAACGUGCAUGACCUACCUCGAGUCAUACAAAUUCUUCAAGACACCUGAACAACUCAAACGGAUCGUCAGUUUGAUGCACCGUCAAGCGGUCAAGAGUAAAUCCGAGGGAUUGUUCUACAAAGUCAGUCUCAUGCUUGUCUAGACCUGUGCUCGUGAAACCGGAGGACACUGACACUUUCGUUUUACAACUCAAAGCCAUCAGUGUUGGAUCUCUUCAAGCGGAUCUUGGACGAUGAACAUGUUCGAAUUGCAAGGGAUCAAGCGACGACCGAUCUCAAGAAACUGAUCGAGUUCAUCCUGAAGAAGUUCUUCAAGGCCGUCAAGGAGAAGCCAAUGUUACUACUUGAGGUCAGUGACGGCAUGAGGGAGCACGGGAAGGGAAGGUGGGCUGAUGUUAGUAGGGUUAUGUUUGCAGUGCUUCUUCCCCAAGACGAGGUCGCAGUUGCACAAGAUGAGGAUGGGCGAGGUCGAUCCAUAUGCUUCUUCGGACGAUGAGGCCGGACCGGGCUGCAGGGUUCGUUCUCCAUCCUUGAGCACGUCGACACCAAACACAUACUGACCCUCUUUGAUCUUCAAUCACCAGAUCAAGAUCCCAAGCGAAGUCGAAGUCACGCCCGGUUUCAGUCUGACCCAACAAAUCGGCAUCGCCGUCGCAUGCCUCGUCGACGCCGGCGAUCUCCCCCUCGUCGAAUUCGUGCUCUCCCAACUCGCCCUCGCUUCAGCCGCACGAACAGAAAUCGUCCUCACCACCGACGGGGCAUCAGCUGCUCUUCUCGAUGUCGAACUUGCCGCUGAAGGUGGUGAAAAGGAACCUGAUUCGGACGAAGCGAUCCGACGCAAAGCCGCGAUGUUGAAAGGUCCUUCCCAAGUCGCGAUGGACAAAUUCAUGCCUCAUCAAUUGGUUUUCGAGGAAGGGACGAGGCAGAAGGAGGAGGUGACGGGCAAUGCGACUUUGAGGUUGCUGAUGGGGUUGUUGAAUUGGGAGAGUAGGGAGAGUGAGUACUCUCCACGAUCGGAAGAGUUGUAUCGGUGUUUGAGUUGCUGAUUCUUCAGUGAUUUUUUCCGCACAGACGACGAUUCGACCGAAUUGAUUUGGAGCAUUCCAUCGUCCCUCAUACCAGCAACACUAGACGGUGACGUCCAAACGAUCGAAAACUUCCUCCUCGAUCCCGUCGAUCCACACGGCAAGACCGCAGCCGAUUACCUGCGCAAGAAACGCAAGCCCGCCAAACGUCGUACACGUCGAGAAGAUACGCCUGAAUAUGAUGAGGAGGGCAACUUGAUUGAGGUGGUGAAGAAGAUUACGAAGAGGGUCAAGAAGGGGAGGGAGGAUAUGGUCGCUUAUAAGAGUGCGCAGUUUAUUGAGGACUCGGACGAUGAUGAGCUCGAGGACCAGAGGUUCUUUGCUAGGGAGGCUGCGGUGAGUUUGAUUCAUCUCUUGGCAGACGGAGGUACGUUGAGUGGGAUGCUGAUCUUCAGCUUUGAUUGGUUUCAGUUACGAGCCAAAUUGGCAGCAGGGGAGAUCGAAUCGGCCUCCACAACAGGUGGGACCAAAGCCAAAGCCAAGACCGUCCCGAAGAAGCUCCAAAAGGACAAGAGCGAACGUGUUAGUCGUCGACCGAAGAAGAACAAGGAGUUUGCGCCGAUUCGAGAAGUGGACGUUUCGGACGAAUCGGAUUUGGAUGAGGAAAGGUUGGAGGUUUUAAGGAGGGAGGCGAGGAAGGAGAAGGGCAAGACGCGGUCUUCUUCGUCUUCUUCGUCAUCGUCUUCAGAGCAGGAGGAUGCUGAUGAUGAGGAUGUUAGGAUGAAUGAUGUUGGGACGGCGUCUUCGGGAACGGGGACGUAUGUGACGGGGAAAGCAAGGUCCACGUCCGCUUCUUCUGUCGGUCCUUUACCGAAGAACGGGGAUCACCUUUCGUCGGAGAAGAGGGAGAUGAGCGAUAGCGAAGACGAAGGGGAAGUUGCGAAUGCGAAGGCGGCCGGUGCGGCGGUCAAGAGGCGGAAGGUGGUUAUUGAUUCGGAUGAGGACGAUGAAUGA